CAUGGCAGAGUGGGGCUGGCUGGAGAGCAGGGUGGGGUCAGGGUCACACCUCAUCCAGGGACUGCUUGUGCAGGCAGCACAGAGCAGUCAGGGACUACAGAGAGACUGCAGGCAGUGCAGGCAGUACAGACAGACAGUGCAGACAGACAGUGCAGGCAGUACAGACAGACAGUGCAGACAGACAGUACAGGCAGUACAGACAAACAGGCAGUGCAGGCAGGCAGACAGGCAGUGCAGACAGACAGACAGGCAGUGGAGUCCAGCAGCAGGCAGGUCUGUCACAGGGUGCAUGCGCUGCCCGGAGGCGUCACAGCUGUUUCCGCUGUCAUCCGUGGGUGCUGCCUAAGGAAAAAGUUUCUCCUCUGGGCAGGCUGCCCCUCCUGCCUGAGGGCUCCCGGCAGCUCCUCGCAGGCAGUCCUGGGCAGCGGGAGCAGGUUUUUCUGGGGGAUUAAGGCUGUGCUGACCCGGCAGCAGCAGGGGGGCUCAGUCAUGGCUUCCAAGCGCCAAGCUUCUUCCUCAAAGCAGCCAGACAGCAGGGAAAAGAAUCCGAAAGUGGAAGAGGAGGACCACACCUGGAGCUCCACCUUGGCAACGCUGAAAACUGCUCCCAAGGAGAAGCCGCCUGCCACAAUUGAUGGGCUGUGCCCCCUGAGCACAGCACCGGGUGCCCGGGUCUAUGAGGACUAUAACUGCACCCUGAACCAGACCAACAUCAGUGCCAACAACAACAAGUUCUACAUCAUCCAGCUCCUGGAGCAUGACAGUGCCUACAGUGUCUGGAGCCGCUGGGGCCGCGUGGGAGAGACAGGCCAGUCCAACCUCAUGCCCUGUGCUUCCCUGGAAGCUGCCAAGAAGGACUUUGAGAAGAAGUUUCGAGAGAAGACCAAGAACAGCUGGGCAACAAGGGAGAACUUUGUUGCCCACCCAGGGAAGUACACGCUCAUUGAGGUGCAGCCAGGGGCUGGGCAAGAGGUGGAGGCUGCACUCAGGGUGGAUGCCGUGGAUGGAGACAGGGUUUGCAAGCAGCGGGUGCUGCCCUGCACCUUGGACAGAGCCACACAGGAGCUGGUGUCCCUCAUCUUCAGCAGUGACAUGUUCCGGGAUGCCAUGCAGACCAUGAAUAUCGAUGUGAAGAAGAUGCCUCUGGGGAAGCUGAGCAAGCAGCAGAUCGCGAGGGGCUUUGAGGCGCUGGAAGAGCUGGAGGCAGCGCUGAGGGAGCAGCCCCCCCAGGCCACUCGCCUGGAGGAACUCUCCUCACGCUUCUACACCAUCGUCCCACACAACUUUGGGCGGGCACGGCCACCCACCAUCAACUCCCCUGACCUGCUGCGUGCCAAGAAGGACAUGCUGUUGGUGCUGGCUGACAUUGAGGUUGCACAGAGCCUGCAGGCACAGAAAGAGAAGGAGGAGGAGAAAGAAGUUGCCCACCCAUUGGAUCAGGAUUAUGCCCUGCUGUGCUGCCAGCUCUCCCUGCUUGACCCAGCUUCCCGGGAAUACCAGCUGAUCCAGACCUAUGUGACACAGACUGGGCACAAACUCCACAUCCUCAACAUCUGGCAGGUGGCCCGAGAUGGUGAGGAUGAGCGUUUCAAGGCCCAUGACCUCCUGGAGCACCGGCGCCUGCUGUGGCACGGCACCAACGUGGCAGUGGUGGCGGCCAUCCUGAAGAGCGGGCUGCGCAUCAUGCCUCACUCCGGCGGGCGCGUGGUGGGCUGUACAUCUAAGAAUGUUGGCAUCAUGUUCCUGACGGAGGUGGCCCUGGGCAAGCCCUACCGCAUCACCUGCGAUGACCCCACGCUGUGUCAGCCACCUGCUGGCUAUGACAGUGUCCUGGCCUGUGGCCGGACAGAGCCGGAUCCUGCACAGGAUGAGGAGGUGCUGCUGGAUGGCAAGAAGGUGCUGGUGUGCCAGGGCAAGCCCAUCCCCAUGCCCGCCUACAAGGACUCCUCCUUCAGCCAGAGCGAGUACCUCAUCUACAAGGAAAGCCAGUGCCGGAUCCGCUACCUUGUCCAGCUCCGCUUCUGAGGGUGCCUGGGAGCACCACGGCCCUGGCCCAGCACCAGGAGGUGACACCCACCAGCCCAGAGCACAGUGAUCUGGACUCUGGCCACCCCACCUGGGGCUUGGCAAGGGACAGGCUGGCAUGGGGACUGAGCUUGCUUUGACUGUGAAUAAAAGCACUGUGCCUUG